AAAUCUUGAAGAACUUGUUAAAAAAGAGCUUUAAAAAAUCAAGCAUUAGUUUAACAUCAGUUUAACAUUAUUUUCACAUUCCUUUAAGUUCUGUUCAAUUAUUAAUGAGACUGAAACUUGUCAGAUUAUAAUAUUUAAUAAAUGCGAAAAAACCUAAAAAUUCCAGUUAAGUUGAUAUUAACUGCAAUGAUAAGUUCUUAUUUUUUUAGAGAAUAUGUAAAUAAACUUCUUUGCUAAAAUGAGCCUGUACAGGAGAGGAAAUACAGGUGUGCUUCUAAUUUCCAUUGGUGGCUUGUUGUUGCUUUGUUACUGUUAUUACAGUAUGAGCGAUUUGACAGAAACGGUUGACCGAAAGGAAAGAGAGCUGAGGAAACAAAUAAGAAAUGGCAAAACUUUACGAGAACAACUUAAAGUUGUGUACCAGCACACAUCGAAACUAGAAGAUGCGUUAAAAAAUGAACGGGAGAAUCAUAAAGAGACAAAGCAAGAAUUAAUGGUUAAGGUGGAAAUGUUUACACACAAUUUAACAAAAACAAAGCAUGAGGCAAUGAACAGAUUCAAUGCACUGGAUACAGAUUAUAAGAUGGCGAAAGCCAACCAUGAAGAAAUGAAGCAGAACUACCUUGCUUUGCAGCAAACUUAUUCAAGAUUGAGCACCGAACAUACUCGCCUGUCUGCUGAAUAUAAAGAAGAUUAUAGAAAGUUAAAGGAUUCCAAAGAAAGCGAAUCGAUCAGUCUGCAAAGUCGAGUGCAAGAGUUAUAUAAUCAAAGAGUCCAGUACCAAGAAUUAGCGAAACGUUUUGAAGAAAACUACAAAAGCACUGUGGAUCGCUUGGAACAAGUUACCGAGCUUGCGCGGCAAUAUCAAGACCGAGUGAAGUUAUACGCUAAAGAAGUACGAAAUGUCAAAAAUGAACUUACUGUUUGUAGAUUUGGCUCAAGUAAUAACUACACACGUACCGGAGAUAAGAAAAACACUCCAGAUCAGUUGGAUCGGGAUGAUGCUAAGCUUGAUGAGUUGGAAAAUAUUUCGAAAAAUCUGACAUCCUCAAAAAAUGACCGUGCAUUAGAGGAUACACGUGAUGUAAAUUCAUUACCUAAAGAUAAUGGUUUAAAACCAUCAAUUAGCGACACUAUGUCAACUGUAGCAUCGGUUCCUGCAGAUGACGCGAUUGUUAAACGAGUUUUUGCCGGAGUAACCGAGAAAAAACCUCAAGAACUUGAUAAUUCAGUCAGCGAGAGAAACCGAGACGAAGUAUUAGAGAGCAAUGCCAAUCAGUUUAUAAAUAAACAAAGACAAUUAUUUAAAGACGGUUUACCUGGAGCAAGAAAAUAUGACCAUCAAGGUAGUGAUGACGAGAAAACCGUUAAAGAAGAAACUUCGAAAUUGACUGAAGAUGACGUCAUCAGAAAAAAGUACGGGAAUAAUAGGUACGUAGUUAACGAAAUAAUACGAGGAAAAGACGAAGAACCGACUAUCAAAGAAAACAGCCGGUACCGUCAACUUGCCAGCGAUGAUAAAGAUAAGUUAAGCCCGUUAGCACAGGCGCAACAAGAAGAAACACAAGAAAAACAAUCUUUAUAUCAGUCAACUAUACAACCCAUCGCGCAGAAAGAUGAUCAUUUUGAAGAAGAAAACCAAAAAAUCAGAGAGGACAGAAACAUUCGACCAAUAAAGAAAAUUGGUGGGUUGAUCGAUGGAGGACAGAAAAUAAAAUUUAAUUCCGAUACAGACUAUACAUUAAAAGACCUUAAAGAACCUAAAAAUGUACAGGCUUUAGAAGCGAAAGCUAGAGUUAAUCAAUUAAAACCACCCUCCAAAGAUAUAGCCAAUGAAGAAAACAAGGUAAAACCUAUAGCGCAGAUGAUGAUAGCCCCGAAACAACAAAUGCCCAUUCCGAAUAAACGUAUGCCUGGUCUUUUCAAGAAGUUUCUUCGCCCGAGAAUAAUGAAAAGCAAGGACGAUUUCGUUAAUAAAAAAACCGGCGUAUAUGAGCAGAAAGAUAUCUCAAAUGAAAAUGAUGAAAAUAAGCUUUCGCAAUUGAACAAACCAAUGAUUCAGAAUAAAUUUGAAGCGAACAACAACAAAGAUGAAAGAAUGGAUGUGAAAGGUGUCACGCUUGAAGAUGACGAGAAUGGGGAUCAGAAUCUUGAUCAUCAAGCUGGACAACAGAAUGUACAAGGUGGCGAUGAUGAUAGUGAUGAGCGAGAUGUUGAACAGGAAGAAACAUGAAGUGAAAAAGUAGCUGUCGCUGUCCAAUUAAACUCCACCUCGAAUUUACCGAAUCCAAACCCAAAUCACGCAUUGCAUACUUUUGUUCAAGAGUACCAAGAUUGAAUUUUACGGAACAAUAACAGUUUGUUAGCUAAAAAGAGUGUCAUAACGUUUUUAUUAUUCACCCGUAGGGCUGCAUAAAAACGUUAGUUAUGCUAGUGCGUCAUGAGUUUCUCUCUCUUUUUUUUUGUAUUGCGCACUCAAGUUUGUGCAUGUAAUUUACCUUAUUGGUAAAAAAAGUUGGCAAAAAUCAGAGUCAAAAUAUUGAUUUGAAAAAAAAAACGAAAAAAAAGAAAAAUCGGUAAAAAAUGAUAGCUGGGGAAAAAAUCGGCAAAAAUGGUUGGUUGGCAAAAAAUAUUAAUCACUCACCAAAAUUUAGUAACUGCCGGCUUUUUUUGUUUCCUUUUAACGCAUAUUACUGUAUAUCCUUGAUUAGGUGUACCCAUAUUGAUUAAGCGCCCCACCCUCCCCUUCGAUAUUUCGAAAAAACUUGUCUAAUCAAAUACGUUUUAGUAUCAUAGGCGUUGUUUGUACCUGUUAGCACGUAGAGCAAUACUUUUUUGAUAUCCGGCCUGGGCGGUUGAUUGAGCACUCACGUGACUUCAGUUUUUACGGACGCUCUGGUUUUUUUCUUAUGAAUUUUUCACUAUCCAGGAAUUGUUCCGUUUUAAUUUUAUAACGCAUUGCAACACUGGAAUUUUCAUAGAUCUAUUUGUAAAAUUAAGUUUAGUAAAUAUUUUAGAAGUUAUUUAUAUUUGCCCAUGAAAAGAUGACGUCAACUAUUUAUAAA